AUGUGUCAGUGCAAGUUCAAGUGAAUUUGGGUUGGGAAUUUGGGCGAAGUUUGAAUCGACUUUAGGGAUAUACCCAAUACUAUUGGAGACUUGACUAACCAGAAAAGCUUAUAUUGAAUAGGCUCAGACACUAGCGGGACUCUUGUCUUUACUUUUAUUGAUGCUAAUUCCAAUCGAGACUCUAAUGACUUUUCCGUAGACGUGCCAUUACGUAAUUUUUAUUUAGAUUCAUGGACCUUUUUGGUACUAUAUUGGGUAGGCUCAACCUUUAACAUUUAUAUGCCAGGACAUCAAGCCAUUUCAAAGACUGCAAAGCCUGGGUUUACCUUUUUUGCUCCAGCUGGCGGACAAAUCAUUCUUGGUAGGGGACUUAAGGCUUAUUAUUAUGAAAUGAUUGGGUUCAAGUCAGCUACAAUAAAUGCUGCGACUGAUGUGAUUGCUUUAUCUGAUGGCUCAACAGCAGACUAUGCAGCCACAGGGACUUGCUCAGUAAAUUGUGCUGAUACUUAUUGUCAUCCAGUAAAACAAUGCCUGGGAUCGUUAAGUUCUUGCAAUUCUUGCGACACAAGUAGCUGCUUGCGAUGCGAAACUGGCUAUUUCCUUCAUGCUAAUGCAGGCUUAGCAGCUUGCCUUUGUAAUUUUUAUUUAGCUUGUGCUGAAUCUUGCAGUUCAUGCACCACAAGUCCAGAAUGUUUUGAGUGUGCUGAAAUUAUUGUUAAAGAAGGAUCUACUUGUAGCCUAUAUUCUAUUGGAUUUCAAAUCAGUUUUGCUGCCCCCAACAUCAAAAUUGAUUUUGCUUCUCCACUUACUGCUACUCUAACUAGAUCCAGCUUUGUGGUUAAAGCAAAUGAUGGAUCAACAAUUAGCACUUCUGGCUGGACAUUAAACUCUUGCACUGUGGGGGCAACAAGCUGCAUUAUUUUGACGGACAACGUAAAUGAAAGCAUGCUGCCUAUUGAAGCUGAGUUGGAUUUUGCUUAA